AUGUCUAGUGAAAGUGUGAAAACGUUUGCUAGUCUUGAAACUCCUGGAUAUGUUGGCUUUGCUAAUUUGCCGAAUCAAGUUCAUCGAAAAUCUGUGAAAAAAGGAUUUGAAUUUACAUUGAUGGUUGUUGGAGAAUCUGGGCUAGGAAAGUCGACUUUGGUCAAUAGCCUCUUUUUAACUGAUUUAUAUCCUGAGCGAACUAUACCGGACGCUGUUGAAAAAACUAAUCAAACAGUCAAGUUGGAUGCUUCUACGGUUGAAAUUGAAGAGCGAGGGGUAAAACUUAGAUUAACAGUGGUUGACACGCCCGGAUAUGGAGAUGCAAUUGACAACACAGAUAGUUUUAGAGCAAUUAUUCAAUACAUUGAUGAUCAAUUUGAACGAUUCCUUCGCGAUGAAAGUGGAUUAAAUCGAAGGAACAUUGUUGACAAUAGAAUACAUUGUUGCUUUUAUUUUAUUUCGCCAUUUGGUCAUGGAUUAAAACCUUUGGAUAUUGAAUUUAUGAAGCAGCUUCACAAUAAAGUCAACAUUGUACCAGUAAUUGCCAAAGCUGACGUGCUGACAAAAAAAGAAGUUUUGCGUUUAAAGAAACGUGUAAUGGAAGAAAUAGAGAGCAAUGAAAUUAAAAUUUAUCCCUUGCCUGAUUGUGAUAGCGAUGAAGAUGAAGACUAUAAAGAACAAGUCCGACAACUGAAAGAAGCAGUGCCAUUUGCAGUAUGUGGAGCAUCUACAUUGCUUGAAGUUAAAGGACGAAAAGUCCGGGGACGAUUGUAUCCUUGGGGCGUUGUUGAAGUUGAAAAUCCUGAUCACUGUGACUUUAUCAAACUUCGGACAAUGCUUAUUACUCAUAUGCAAGAUUUACAAGAGGUUACUCAAGAAGUACACUACGAAAAUUAUCGAAGUGAGAGAUUGGCCAAAGGAGCUCCUGUACCGCCUCGAAGAACAACAGCCGUUGAUCCUGAAAAAACUGUCGGAUCAGAAAAAGAUCGUAUUCUUCAAGAGAAAGAAGCAGAAUUACGAAGAAUGCAAGAAAUGUUAGCUCAAAUGCAAGCACAAAUGCAACAGCAACAGCCAUAA